CGGAAGUCUCUGUGUGUAUCUCUGAACAUGAUGAAGAUGAGAAGUUGAAACUCUUUUAUCGUUUCAGCCUCAUUUUGAUGAUUAUUCUUUAUUAUAAUAUAUAAUUAAACACUAACCGGGUUAAAAACUAAGAUUUAAACACUAUUUGAUCGUAUUGACUUAAUUCAAGGUCGAACUAGUCUCGUUAGCUACCGGCUAAGCUAGCUAAGCUAACUAGGUGUUGCUAAAGCUAACAGGAAGCUGCUAAACAAAACGUUAACUUCACGUGAGAUGUAGUUUAUUUAAAGUGGUUUUACGCGUAGUUAGGUUUCGUCAUUAACUCUGAUUCACAGUGACUUAACUUUUAAAAAUCACUCGUUUGUUAUCAUGUGAAACAAUGGACACAGCAGAUACAUGUCCCAUCUGCCUGACUGGUUUCCACCAUCAGACUGUGGCGUCUCUGGACAAGUGUCCUCAUGUCUUCUGCCUCCAGUGUCUUCUGCAGUGGUCCAAGACGGCCAACACUUGCCCGGUGGAUCGGAUCAGCUUCUCCUUCAUCUACCAGAGACGGUGUCCUGGGGGGGGCGUGCAAAAGAAGAUCAAGGUGAGGACGCCGAACAAGGAUGUGGAUGAUGAAGAGGAGGCGAGCGAUGCUGUUAUCUGUGAGGAAUGUGGACGCAGCGACCGCAGGCACCAGCUGCUGGUGUGCACACGCUGUGACUCAGG